UUCGCGCGCAGUAGUUUCUUCAAGAUGAGGGCGUAAAAUGGACGUUCGCAUUCGCGCGUGCGCGCUGCUGGCAAUAUGGCUGAACUGUAUGGAGAUGGCGAUCCCAUACAACAUCCGCAACCACCCUUGCUGCCAAGACGUAAGCGAGAACCUCACCCUGGCCAUGAUCAUAGACGCCUUCGAAAUCUACGGUCACGACCCCACGGACAAGCUGGACAACCUGUGGCUGUACCAGGAGGAGAUGCUGAAGGUCAAGACAGCUGAAGACCAGUACAUAAUCAACGAGCGAGUGCACGUCGCCUCCGAUCAUCUGGGUCGCUUCAUUCAGCUCCAUGUGAAGGAAUUAAAGGUGCUUCUGAUAACCCUGGACGAUGUGAUAGACAACAUGCUAAGCAUGUAUGAGAACCACAACUCCAUAGCGGCGGAGAGAAAGGCCACGUACUCGGGCGGCCCGGUGCCUAUGGAGUUUUACCUGAGUCAAGAAUACCAUUGCGGAAAAAACGUGUACAUAUUCGUGUCGGAGCUAUACAGCGACAUCUACAACAUGGGUCGCGGGCCGGCGCCAUUUUGCAAAGACCGCUCCUUCGUGUUCCUCGGGUUCCUGCAUUACCAUGAUGAGCAAAAGUACUACCUGAUCGACGACCCGAGUAUCACGUUCCCUACUGACAACUUCUUGCAUGGACUUGAGUGCCACAUCGGCAUCUGUAUCUUUAGGUUUCCCUUCAAGAAAAUCCUCCAAAAAGAGCGCGACGUGGUCACACUCCCUAAAGCCAUCGUCAAAUGCGGGCUGGUCAUGUACAAGCUGCCCCCGUUGUCAGCGGCCUCCUGUAUCAUCGCGUCUGGGUCGUUCAUACUGGACUUCAAUAUACAGGGCUUGCGGUAUAGACAUCAUGAUUUUUUCCUGACAAUACCCAAUGGAGGGUCAUACUACACCAAAGAGCGUGGGACGCCCCUUGUCUGCGACCACCACGUUUGCGAAUGGAACUACACCAACCAUUAUGGAGGUCCAUUCCUGAUCCCCGGUGACCCCGGCAGCGGUAUCGACCCCGUGCCCCCCUACGUGGAGACCUCCACCAAACCCGCAGAAGUCGAGGAGCCAAAUGUCACUAUACCGUAUAUCCUGGAAGGCUGCCUGUUCAUGUACCCGCCCAACUACGGGUCCAUCGCCGGCAAGAGCUAUCUGGACCCUGUGGACUUGCACGAAGACAGAUUCACUUGCAACGCUGCAGGAAAUAAGGGUCUAUACUGGUAUCCCCAAUGGAUGGGUGCCAUGCCACACCACCCGUAUACUUCUAUACACAUGGACAACGAACCUGCGGCCGUGCAACCCGGAGGGGCCGUGUACCCACAUCAACAAGUCUAUGAGCGGGAGGAACUUGCCGAUCUAGACUAG